UCUGCAUGUAAGACAUUGAUGGGAUGUGCCUCCAGCUCUUGGCUCGCUGCGAUCUGACAUUGGUUCGUUAUUGGUGCCGCUCGUAGUGUGGGCUUUUCGGGGUUGGAUGUGGGUUUUUGGUAACAAGGGAAUGUGGGCUUUCCUCUCAUGUGGGCUUUAAUUGCGCCCGCCUUACCCUAAAGAGUAAGACACGUGAUACACCAUCAAUCCUCUGCCCAUAUCAUCUUGUACCAGGGAGUAUGCUGCAGAAGCGAAACUACUUCCCUCCAAUACUCUUGGUAGUCAUGUCGAAGCUUCGAGAGUUCACAAGCUGCAAAAUCCACUAUGCGUUCUCAUACAUCAUAAGACCUCGUAUUUCAAAUUACGUAUCCGGAGUCACAGAACAUCGCAGACUCUCUAGCUGUUCUUCUCUUUCCGGAGACAUAAAAACUAACCGACAGCGCAAAGAAACUCUCCUUCCAUCCACCAGUGUCAAACCCAGAGGCGUUGUCGAACAUGUCCUGACAACUGCGGAUCAGAUACUCAAUUGGGCGCGACAGAGCUCACUCCACCCAUUAAGCUUCGGUCUCGCCUGCUGCGCCCUCGAAAUGAUGCACUGCUCGAUGCCUCGCUACGACCAGGACCGACUAGGGAUUAUCUUUCGAGCGUCUCCUCGUCAGGCAGAUGUAAUGAUUGUUGCCGGCACAGUCACCAACAAGAUGGCUCCCGCUCUUCGGCAGUGUUAUGAUCAAAUGCCCGAGCCACGAUGGGUGAUCAGCAUGGGAAGCUGCGCGAAUGGUGGUGGCUACUACCACUAUAGCUAUAGUGUGGUGAGGGGCGUAGACAGAAUUGUUCCCGUGGACAUAUAUGUUCCAGGUUGUCCGCCAACAGCUGAAGCGUUAUUAUAUGGUAUCUUCCAGUUGCAGAAAAAGAUUCGGCAUACUAAGGUGACGAGAAUGUGGUACCGGAGAUAGCCGACUUGCUGUAGGGUAGGAAACGGUGGACAUCUGAAAUCCACAAAGAUCAUUGUGCUCAGCAUUGCUCUCACUUCGGUGUGCGGCACACACUAUCGCUUCUUCCUAGUUGUUUGUUGCCCCUUCUCUAUACAUCUGCAUUGCGAUCGUAGCCUCACCACUCACCACUC